UGAAAAUGGUGAAAUCAAGGUGUAUAAAAGAAAUAGUAAUAGAGAGAAAGGGAAAAAGGAUACAGAUCCGAAUAGUAAAAUCCAAGAUGAUAAGAUCUUUAGAAACAUGGAGACAAAGGGUAAAGAUUUUGUUGAUGAUGUUGAAAUCGAUGAAUCCAAUUAUGUAGAAAAGAAAGAACUUAUCUGGAGAUAUUUGAACAAUAUAUCAACCAUUGGUAGUACAAGUAAUGAUGAGAUCGUUAGAUGUGUUCCUGGUGUUGAAGAAAAAUUGAAUCACAUAACCACUUCUGAAUAUAGUAUUAAAAUAAGCUUAGGUAUUAGCGAUUUUGAGAAAAUUCGUGUUAGUAGUGACAUUCUAGUCGAUAAAACGCUCCUUUUCGAAGAAGUUCUAAGUGCUUUAGCAGAAAAAAAAGUCUUUGAAGUUGAUAUUGACGGUGUUAAAGUGGUUCAAAAGUUCUAUGUGAAGCAUGAAUUUUGUUAUGAUGUUGUUCUUGGAAUACCGUGUAUUAAAGGCAAAUUGAUGAAGAAUAAUAGUAUCGAUGAAGAGAAAGAGAAAUGUAGUGAUGAAAAAGACAAUAAUAUUGUAAACGUAAGAGUGAAUAAAUCUGAUAAAGGUGAACAAAAGAAGAGUAUUCAUUGUCAAAACAUUGGUUACGAGAGUUGCAAUAGUGAAGCACGUGACCUUGGAUUGGAUUAUAAAAAUAAAAGAAGCAUUAGAUUAAAAGAUGCAUUUCUGGAAAAUCUAAAUAUGAUGCAAAUAUUGAAUAGCAUAUUAAAGGCUAAACAUAAUGUAAGAGGUUUAGUAAGGUUAAAUGGGGUGAGCUGCUGA